UUGACAAUGAUUUUAACGGAAGUUGUGUUGUGCGUGAAAAGCGAUUUCCUCUGAUACUCGCUUUGUAUCAUUCCGAAAUUAAACAACCACAGUGCGUGAACAAGAAAAAAAAAUUUACUUUUAAUGAAAUAGACGCCGGGUUUUCAAGAAAGAAAAUACAUUAUAAAAGAAAAUAUAUGUGUGUAUUUUGUGUAUAUGCGGCACAACAACUUAUAUACGAAAUUUGGAUAAUGUGCAGUUUAAUAUAAUAUUAUAUAAAGAAGGAUAAUAUCAUUUUGAUUAUAUGCAGUUGUGUAUACAUAUGUACCUACAUACUCGUACAUACUUACAAAUGCAAAUCAAGUGUUUAUUCGUCAGUACAAACUGAAAGAGCAUACAAAAAUACAUGAGUAUAAUUUAAAACAUAAAAUGAGGUUAAAAAUUUACUCACAUACAGUAUCUAACGAUCAUAUAAUAAUUGAAAUGAAGUUGUCGAAUAAUAAUUAAUUAACAAUAUUAUAAAACCCAAUGGUACAUCAUAUACAUGUACAUAUAUUUUUACAUGUGUAUGAACAUAUAUUUUGAGUUUUUGAAAUGAGAACGAAGCCGUCAGUUUGAUAAACACCUAUUACAUCCAAAGGGACUUACUGCAAAAUGGAAGCACUGUGCCGUCUAUUUCUCAUGCCAAAUACUUUUCUUAAAUGGAUAGCCGGCAAUUUCGUUAUGCUAGUAUUACUCCUUUCUAUCCGCGAUGUUUUUGGGGGAGAGAAAUUAGCACUCUUAUCUGCAACUUUGCGAACUUAUCAGAAAGCUGCUUGUGAUACCGAUCAGGUGGUGAUAUCUUGCCCGCGCGGCACGAGCAUCUCAAUCGAAUUUGCGCAGUAUAAUAAUUUCGAAAACAAAGAUGGGUUCAGCAUUGAAGAUUUGUGUCCAUUGGACAAAUCUGCAAAGAAAGUCCAGUCAAAAGCUAAACACCUGCUUCGGGGCUCUACUUUUGGAUCUCCGGAGUCAAAAAUUGCAACAAUGCAUUAUAUUUCCAGCCAGACUACCGAAAUUACAACGCAAACGGAUACAGUUAUAACAGAAGAAGUAGAAAAUAAUGCGCUUCAUAUGGAAAAUACUUCGAAUACUAAUACGAAAGACGAUGAUUCCUCCGAAAGUUGUAUGUGGCCAAACGCUUUACAGUAUUCGUUGUUGCAGACAGUCGUUGAAGCAUGCCAAAAGAAGAAACACUGUAAAUUCAACGGAGCACCCCAUUUCUAUAGACUGAGUGCAGGCGGCGACGCUAAAAAUCAAAGUAGUACCAUUAGUACCGUAAAUGUGGACCCUUGUCACAAACGCCGCAAAAUCGUUGAAGUUGCUUAUAAAUGUCGCCCAUAUGAAUUUCGGAGUAAAGUUGCUUGUCACAAUGAUGUGGCUCAAUUGGAAUGCAAUCCGUAUUCUCGUAUAGCGGUCUACAGCGCAAGUUUUGGACGUACGGAGUAUGAAAGCAUUCAAUGUCCUCAACCGCAAGGUGUCCGGGAAGAAACUUGUCAAGCAUCUUACGCCACCGAAACAGUAAUGCAGAUUUGCCAUGGACGGCGUCGUUGCAAUUUAGCUGCAGAUGCGAACACGUUCGGGUCUCCAUGUCAGCCGAAUUCACGAAUGUAUUUGAAGGUGGUUUAUACAUGUGUUCCAAAGCAGGUUUUAAAGGAUCGAUACGAGUCUGAAGUAGAGGGAGACGAGACUGAAGAAUUCGACCUCGGUAACGAGAUCUACGACGACGAGCUAAAUUAUAAGGAGUCGGAAGCUAUACCUAAAGUGUACAGCAACAGUACCGUCACUGCCGCGAGGUCAAAUGGUACGAGUUUCGCCACACCCGGAUCUUUGAACGCAAAUAACGGCAACAUCUCAUUUCAUCUUGAAGUUCCCGAUAGUGGCAGUAUCAAUCCCGUCAUGACACACAGUGCCGAUUUGAGCUUAGAAGAUAACCAAGAACGACUAUAUUUAUACCUGCUGAUAGCUGGCUUAAUAGGCGUUAUUGUUUGUAUAAUUAUUGUUACGGUUCACGUUUGGAUACAGAAACGUCAUACUAUAAGCUCUGAAACACAAAUGUCUACUAUAGAAGGUUCUGCGAAUAUCUGUGAGGACACAACAAUUCCAAAUGGAUUUAAUGACACCAUAUCAGAGAUCGAUGCUGAAAUCGAUAUACCAGCCACAAUUUCAGUCCCCAGUGUAUCUAAAAACGAGAAUUAUAUUACGUAUGGACCAAAUAACGGCUUAUACGCUGGCCUGGGCUCAUCUAACCGGACACAAAAUGUAUCAACUCUUGUGUUACAAGGAGGAGCAACUAUACCUCCAGCUGCUAUUGUUGAUGCAAGACAAUCUCCAGAUAUCAUAGGUAUUUCAUCGAAAUCCCAUGUACCGGUUGCAACAAGCAACACAAUAAGUUAUCAGACUGGGGUUGGCGGAGUACUAGCACCAACAAUUGUGAUUGGUGGAACUAGCAGCACUUCGUUAGCUUGUGGCGCUGGUGUUCCAAUGUCAUCACUGGCUCAAUAUGCAACUGCACCAACAAUUCGUGCGAGUUACAUCAUCAAUCCAGAGGGGACGCUAAAGCGGCCUCCAAACCUCCAAACACCGCCAAUGACAAGUUCCAUGCCCAAUAGCCAGUAUUCUGCCAUGUCCACAUUACGUCGUAUGAAGAACACAACCAAUCCUCCUUUGUUACAACAACAGCUGUCUUAUGAUGGAACUGCUCCACGCACUUUGUCUACGGGAGUCCCAGUGAAUUCUCAGUUUUAUUAUGGAUGACAAAAUAUGGAGAAUGAAG